GGCGAGGAAGGCAGGCAGGCGGGCAGUCAGUCACUCGCUCGCCGGAGCCACGACGGCGUGGCUCCUCUCUUUAUCCCUCUCUUUUUCUCUCUCUUCUCCGGCUUAGUCUGGAGGGCGCCCAGGGAAGGAGAGGCGGGCCUUCUAGCCCCGCCACCGCUGCGGGGAAGCACCCACGACCCCAGGCUCCUCAUGCCGUGAGCGGACCCACUCCCGGGAACUAGGACGCGCGAGUCCUCCGAAGACAUCCUCCGGCUGUGUGGAAGAAAAUGUCCGUCAGCAUGCAUGAGAAUCGCAAGUCUAGAGCCAGCACUGGCUCCAUAAACAUAUAUUUAUUCCACAAAUCUUCCUAUGCUGAUAGCGUCCUCACUCAUCUCAACCUUCUGCGUCAGCAACGCCUUUUUACAGAUGUCCUUCUCCAUGCUGGGAACAAGUCCUUUCCUUGCCAUAGAGCUGUUUUAGCUGCUUGCAGCCGCUACUUUGAAGCCAUGUUCAGUGGAGGACUCAAAGAGAGCCAAGCCAGUGAAGUGAACUUCCAUAACUCCAUACACCCGGAAGUUCUAGAGCUUCUCCUUGACUAUGCUUACUCCUCAAGGGUCAUCAUCAAUGAAGAAAAUGCAGAGUCCCUUCUAGAGGCAGGUGACAUGUUGGAGUUCCAAGACAUUAGAGAUGCUUGUGCAGAAUUCUUAGAGAAGAACCUUCACCCUACAAACUGUCUUGGCAUGUUGCUUCUGUCUGAUGCUCAUCAGUGCACCAAACUUUAUGAGCUUUCUUGGAGGAUGUGUCUUAGCAACUUCCAGACCAUCAGUAAAAGUGAAGACUUUCUUCAACUCCCCAAAGACAUGGUUGUGCAGCUCCUGUCAAGUGAAGAACUGGAGACUGAAGAUGAGCGGUUAGUAUAUGAAUCAGCCAUGAACUGGAUAAACUACGAUCUGAACAAACGCCACUGUUAUCUUCCAGAACUGUUGCAGACUGUGAGAUUGGCUCUUCUGCCUGCCAUCUAUCUCAUGGAGAAUGUUGCUACUGAGGAACUCAUUACAAAGCACAGGAAGAGCGAAAACAUUGUCGAAGAAGCAAUAAGGUGCAAAUUGAAGAUUUUGCAAAAUGAUGGUGUCGUCACUAGUUUAUGUGCAAGACCCAGAAAAACUGGCCAUGCCUUAUUUCUUUUGGGAGGGCAAACAUUUAUGUGUGACAAGUUGUACCUGGUUGACCAAAAAGCAAAGGAGAUCAUUCCAAAAGCUGACAUUCCAAGCCCAAGGAAAGAGUUCAGUGCAUGUGCUAUUGGCUGCAAAGUCUAUAUUACUGGUGGCCGUGGUUCUGAAAAUGGAGUCUCUAAAGAUGUUUGGGUGUAUGAUACACUUCAUGAAGAAUGGUCCAAGGCUGCUCCCAUGCUAGUUGCACGAUUUGGCCAUGGUUCUGCUGAACUCAAACACUGCCUUUAUGUUGUAGGAGGCCACACAGCAGCCACUGGUUGUCUUCCAGCAUCUCCUUCGGUAUCCUUAAAACAAGUAGAACAGUAUGACCCUGUGACCAACAAAUGGACAAUGGUUGCCCCACUUCGAGAAGGAGUAAGCAAUGCAGCUGUUGUGAGUGCAAAGCUGAAGCUUUUUGCUUUUGGUGGUACCAGUGUUAGCCAUGAUAAGCUACCCAAAGUUCAGUGUUAUGACCUGUGUGAGAACAGAUGGACAGUACCAGCUACCUGUCCCCAGCCAUGGCGAUACACAGCUGCAGCUGUUCUGGGCAACCAGAUUUUUAUUAUGGGUGGAGACACCGAAUUCUCUGCAUGCUCUGCUUAUAAAUUCAACAGUGAAACCUACCAGUGGACUAAAGUGGGAGAUGUGACAGCUAAGAGAAUGAGCUGCCAUGCAGUAGCAUCUGGAAACAAGCUGUACGUUGUUGGAGGAUAUUUUGGCAUCCAGAGAUGCAAGACACUAGAUUGCUAUGACCCCACACUAGAUGUGUGGAACAGCAUAACCACAGUGCCCUAUUCGCUAAUCCCCACUGCAUUUGUGAGCACAUGGAAGCAUCUCCCUUCUUAAUUGCAUGUGUGCCUAUACAGUUUAUUCCAUUGGAGCCAACGGCGGAAAAAUGGUUUGAAUGAAGAAAAAAAACUAUUCUUUUUUCUGUUCCUGAGUUUGAAGAAAAUCUUCUGCACCUUCUGCAUAUUUUAAGGCUGGAAAUGAAGGAAUAGAAGGGGAUUAUUGUCUUCAGUAUAUCAGCAUAUUGUUUAACUAUGAAUGAAUUGACCUGUGAUCGGGUCCCUGUGUCAGUAAUUGUGGAUUAAUGUCAAGUUUAAUCAGCCCUUAAAAGGAGAGGGAGGCGGGAGGGAGGGGAGCUGAACUUUCCAGAGUGGCAUAACACAGCGCAAGCCUCCGUUUUCAUGGACUUUGCUGUUUGUGUGUGGAAUUCGAAAUGCUUGUUGCCUCUCUUUGUGACAGUUUGAAGCGUCAGCAGCAGCUGCAGAGGGAAAAGGGGGCCAGGUCUGGAGCAGCGGCAAGAUGUAUGCCUUUGUGAAUGAAGAUACAGCUGGAUCCCUUUCCACAGAGAUGAGCAUGUUUUCCUAGGCAGUGCCUGGAGCAUCCAUCUCAAUUGCCAAGCUAUGGCAAGUGACUUUCCUCUUGCUAAGGAGCAACAGCUCAGCUAUUAUUUACACUACUAUUUCUUUUUUUGCAGCAUUUGUGGGUGAAGAGAAAUAAUGAUUCCCCCACUGCAUUGGAUUCCUUCUUGUAUUUAUUAAUUACGGCUGUCCUACUUCUAAAUUGUUACUUGUUUGUUGUAGAUAGAGCUAUUUAUUGUUCAGUGCUUGCAUGCUGAUACAAUGCCUAGAGUUGUCUUCAAGUGCGAAGGGUUUGUGUGGAUCGUAUGGUUGGUUUUGCACACUCCUCGAUAUCUAUUUUGACUUGCUCUGCUGCUCAAGGAAGAGGCUGAGUCAUAUCGGAGGAGAGAAGAAGGGAACGAGGCCAGGGUCAGAAAUGGAAGGAUUACAAGGUAGCGUCUUAAAUGACACAUGUCCUGAAGGAAGGAGGUCGCUUUCUCAGGCCACUGGCUCCCAAGGUUACAUGCGGUGUAGCUUUGCUGAGCGUAUUCCUGUUAUACUUUAUUUGCCUAGUCAUGCCUUUUUGAAUGAACUCAUCUGGAAACACCCAGCCAGCUUUCUUUUUGUGCAGCCUCAUCGCUAUUGGAAAGGGAGGAUGGGGUGGAAAACAGCCUGCAGAAUUCUUUACACAGAGCCCUCUUCAUGGCAUUAUCCACUCUUUGCUUUUUGUUUGUUUGAUAUUUAUUUAUUUAUUUGCUGGGGAGCGGUGUUUGCUGUGGUCCCCUUUUUUUCUAACUAAUGAAAGUCUCUCUCAUUCAAAAAUAAGAUAAUGGGGAUUAUAUAUAUAUAGGUUCGUCCCUUUUGGAUUGAAAUGGUCUUAACAAACUCUUUCUACCUCCCUGUCCAUUUCAUGCAACAUCUGGCAUGAGGGUUAGAAUGACAAGAGAGAAC